UGAUGAGCGUAUGCGAGUUGUUGAUGCUAAUGGAAAAUUGGUACCUCACCUUUAUUGCAUUGGUGAUGCAAAUGGUAAAAUGAUCCUUGCUCAUGCAGCCAGUGCUCAAGGAAUAUCUGUUGUCGAACAAGUUUCGGAAAGAGACCACGUGCUUAACCAUUUGAGCAUUCCAGCUGCUUGUUUUACUCAUCCUGAAAUCAGCAUGGUUGGGUUGACAGAGCCGCAAGCUCGAGAGAAAGCUGAAAAAGAGGGGCUUGAGAUAAGCAUUGCAAAAACAAAGGCACUGGCAGAAAAUAAGGGGAAGGACUUGCAAAGACCAGACAAUGGGGAAAUUCUUGGAGUUCAUAUCUUUGGUAUGCAUGCUGCUGACCUCAUUCAUGAAGCGUCCAACGCCAUAGCAUUGGGAACGUCCAUUCAGGAUAUAAAGUUUGCAGUGCACGCACAUCCAACAUUGUCUGAAGUCCUUGAUGAACUGUUCAAAUCACGAGCAUAUUUAUAG